AGACGACGCUGGCGGAAGUGUCACGGGUGUGCAUCUCCAAACUUCCAAUCCCUCUCUCGAAAACACCCAGACAGACACAGCGACACAUAUUCCCUCCACCGCCCACACGCUCCCCGAGGCAGGAGCACACCACACUUGCCUUCACUCCGCAUUCGGCAUUCACCACCCACCACCUCCAGUUAAAAUAGCCGGUCGGUCACCCUCCUCCGCUCGGCUCGCCUCGCCUCGUAUCGUCCACCUCAGAAGGAAGAAGUUAAAACCCCAAGAAACCUUGGUCGACGCUUCGACUCCUGUAGUGUAGGUAGGAAGGAGUGAGAGUGAUGGAGAGGAGCGGGAGCUGGGACUGCGACGCGGCUGCGCAGGCGGCCGCGCAGAAGGCGGUGCCGGCGCCGUUCCUGAUCAAGACGUACCAGCUGGUGGACGACCCGGCCACGGACCACAUCGUCUCCUGGGGAGACGACCGGGCCUCCACCUUCGUGGUCUUCCGGCCGCCGGAGUUCGCACGCGACAUCCUCCCCAACUACUUCAAGCACAACAACUUCUCCUCCUUCGUCCGGCAGCUAAACACCUACGGAUUCCGGAAGGUCGUCCCGGAGCGGUGGGAGUUCGCGAACGAGUUCUUCCGCAAGGGGGAGAAGCAGCUGCUCUGCGAGAUCCACCGGCGCAAGACGUCGUCGGCGUGCACGGCGUCGCCGUCGCCUCCGCCCUUCUUCGCUUCGCCUCACUUCCCCGUCUUCCACCCGGGCGGCCCGCACCACCACCACCACAACCACCACCCGUUCGCGGGGGGAGACGACGGGGUUGUGGCGGCGGCGGCCGCCGCGCACGGCGUUGGCCUCGCGUUCCCGCACCCGCACCCGCAUUGGAGGGAGGCGCACCCGCACGCCGCCGCGCCGGUGUCUACGCGGCUACUAGCCCUGGGCGCCCCUCAGGCGCCGGCGCCGCUGCCCGCCGCCGCGGCCGAUGCCGGCGGCGGCGCGGGGCGCGCGGCCGUGCUGAUGGAGGAGAACGAGCGGCUUCGGCGCAGCAACGCGGCGCUGCUGCAGGAGCUGGCGCACAUGCGGAAGCUGUACAACGACAUCAUCUACUUCGUGCAGAACCACGUGCGGCCCGCGGCGCCCAGCCCGGCCGCGGCCGCGUUCCUGCAGGGCCUCGGCCUGCAGGCGGCGCGCAAGAAGCCCGCCGCCGCCCCCGUGUCGGCCGCGGGGCGCAACAACCACUCCGGCGGGAGCACCACGUCCAGCAGCUCGCUAACCAUCGCGGACUCGCCCUCGCCCCCGCCGCAGCGGGCCGACAAGAGCGGCGGGGAGGCCGGGAGCAGCGGCACCGCGCCCACCAUGCUUUUCGGCGUGCACCUGAGCGCCGCCCCCGCUCCUAGCUGCGCGGGCACGGGCAAAAAGAGGCCGGCUUCCCCGCAGGAAGAAGACCAGCCGCCCACCUGGCCUGCGAGGAAGCCGCGGCUGGCGCUGGAUGGCGCCGACCUAAGCCUGAACGUCGCGGUGCCCUCCGCCGCCUCGCCCCCCGCUAGCACCAGCUAGUCUGCUUACUCACCUCCAUCACCUGGCUGGCUGGCUGGCGCGCAUGCAUGCAUGCAAACGGCGGGGGGCGGCCGUUUUGUUGUUCUAGGGUCUAGUUCGAUCGACGUGUCCUGUUUCGACUGGGUACAUCUUCUUUCGUUGAUGGUGUCUAGUGUCUUUCGGUUAGGGCUCUGCUGCUAGACUUCCCACUAAUUGCACUGCCGCGCCGUGCCAAAGCACUCGAGUCGAGUCUGGUGCUGUUGAUCCGCGGUCCUCCCGUGAACUAAUCCAAGCCAUGCAAGUUUUUUUGUACAGAAGUACUCCUACUACAAGUCGAAGUCAAUUA